CGUUAUCUGGAUUGCCAGGAUCAGCUAUGCAAUCGCUGUCGCUCUGGUACGCUCCAUCGCCCAUCAGGCUCUCUUUAUCCUCCGCCUUUGGACUUGGCCGUUGUCGUUUCUGGAGCCCUACAAAUGUGAUAUAUUUGUAAGCCGACUGCCUCAUGUUCUACCUCCUAUUGACCUGACAUCACGGUUCUGACACGCGUCGUGAAGGUCUUCGCCACAUGCGUAGGUUCCAUCCAUCUAGUCACCCUCAGCAUGUCCGAGCUAACCACGACCAACCAUCCCACUCGCCAAAGUGUCUGAUACUUUUUACCCUGAGCGUCCUCACCGCUUUCAUCGUCUUUGCCGUGUGGGUGUUCAGCAUGCGUCUACUCUACUCGCUCCUUCCCUGGCUGGCACCACCGCCAGCCCACGCCCAGAACGCGGGUCGAAGGAGCCCACGCGAGACUAGGCGCCAGCGACGAGAGCAACAGGCCGGCAGACGCUGGCAGCGCCAACCGCCCCGCGGCCAACAAAGCACGACGGGCUCGCUCCAACCCCAGAACCCCCGCACGAGCAGGGCCACCACCUCCCCCCUCAACACCACCGGCCUUGCUCGAGACCAAAGCACCUCCUCCUCCUCCCUCGGCCGCCAGCGACAGCCGUCCACCUCGCCGGAUGAGCCCGUUGCCACCCCGCCCACCAGCAGCGACGAGGCGCCGCUGGAGUCAACAAGUCCGCUCAGAGGCUCGGUCCCGGGGGGGAACUGGCCGCCGCAAAGCUUCUUCCCGGCGAUGACAUCGCGGUUCACUGCGGGGGGAUCCCAGCUCGGGACGCCGAGCCGGUGGCAGAAGCACCACCGCCAACACCACCUGGAGCGGGAGCAGCAGCUCCGCUUGCGGCGGCGGAGGAGGUCGGCGGUGGGCACGGAGGUCGGGGUGGACGAGACGAUCCACGAGGAGGAGGACUCGUCGCCCUGUUAGGACGAGUCUGUGGCUGAAAAUUCGGAAUGGGGAAGCCGCGAAGCGGGGAAGGGAGUAAAUGUGCGAUUAGUGAAGUAGUGCAUAGUUGACGAUGGGGGACUGCCAGGGGGUGAGGUGCUACUGGGGAUUGGGUAGUGUCGGUUUGGCUUGGGUAUUCUGAGGUCGCACUCCGCGGAGAGUUCGAAGAAACAGGCCGCGUUCGUCUAGCUGGCCGUAUUUGAGAAGUAUGUAGAAAUAGGCGACCCCCGUGGUGUGAGUCUACAUCAGUGAGCAUG